AUGGACAGGCGCACUAGUGGUGGCUUCGAGCGGCUGCAAGCUGUUGGGAGGUCGAGCGUGAGACGUGUUCUCCAAGCUGUGACCAAGGACAAGGUGACACGUUCGGACACUGACUCCUCCUGCCAUGACCCGUCGACUACCAGUUCUACCAGUUCGUCCUCCCAUCUCCUGUCUCCUGUCGCCACGGCACAGGAGGCACCCGUAUCUCCUGCAGACGUUAACGAUUCGCCCGCGUCGCCUCGCCGGGAAACCGUGACAGCUGCUUCAACGCUUCGUGACGCGUCAGUCUUGAAUAACAACAACAACAGGGCGGAUACUGACGCAAAAUGUACUGCCAAGGCAUCAGUGAGGCACCUGGCUAAGGGAAUACGUCGGUCGACAGCUGAAUUAUUUCCUCAAAGACGCACUUUUGUUCACUACAGACGGCUUGAUGAUGAUCUAAACGACCAGCAUACUACCGGAUCUUCCUCUGUGGGCAGUGCAGCCCAAGACGCAUCUCUUGCAAGUGUUGGUUUGUCCUUACAAGUUUCGCCCGUUACAGUUGUUCGUCCUAGUGAAGACCUCUGUUCUACCUCUGCCGGUCUACCCAGUGAAGUCUCGUCUCUUGAAAAGCCUCACUUCGAACGGGCCAAGAAGUCCUUUAUAGGCCGAGGGAUAAAGAGAGCCUUCAAAGAAAUGCUCCACGUGACAGAGCCUGUUGCUCAAGGCAGCAAGGAUAGUGUAUCCAGUCCGUCUAAGGACGACUUAGUUCAUCCUUCAUCGUCUAGUGCGUCAAAUGACGGCCCAGUCCCUCCUGUAUUCCCUAGUCCGACUAAGGACGGCCCCAGGAUGAAGAGACCCUUGAAUGUAUUCCAGCAACGGGAGAAUUCGCGUCUCUCCAAGACAUCAAAGCGUAGAUGCAAGAGCAAGAGGCUGGCUGUCAGCGAGGAAGAGUUUCUCAGUCUCAAAAAGAAGUUAGAAAGCCAGUUAGUCUUUGCCAGAUACUGUCAACAGAAAAAAGAAUUUCAUUCUGAAUAA